CAAAAGUACCAAACAUCAGCGGCCCCAAAAGGCAUGUUUUUCCGCAACAUCAAAUCGACCAAACCAAAGUAGAAAGACCCAAUUGCACACAAAUGUCCAAAUCAUAAAAAUGCAAAACAAUGACGGUUCAUGCACCUCUUAACAAAACCCUUAACUAACGGAACGAAAUCAACAGUUCUCCAUCCGCCUCAAAUUAACUAGUCCAUCAUCUUUGACAACUCCGCGAAACACUAGAUACAAGUCAACCAAAGUCUCCGCUUAACCGACAAAAUCGAUUGCUUUUGUCUUUUUGUUGACGUCAGCAGCAAAAACCGUGUGCUCUCCACCCGUUGAUCCUCCAAAACCGACGUCGCCUCAGCCGCCUCCCCGGCCACUCUCAAAAUAUAUAUCCCUAAACAGUUUAGUAGUGUUUCUGAUUCAAUUUCAGCCAAAACAACAAAUCUUUUGAAAAAUGUGUAGGUCUACGGAUUACAACGACUUUCGUUCCGGCCAUCAAAAUCUUUUGAAAAUCAAAGCUUUCUUUGUACGGUUCUCGGAUUUGGAUUCUUGUACGGAGCCGUUAUCCGAUUCGCUCACUUUACUUUACCCACCCAGAAUCAAUGAGACAAAGCUUGAAGUUUCCGGGUCCAAAGUCCGACCCGAUCUCCCAGCGUUCGUCACUCUCCACCGGAUGGUAAACGUGAAGACAAAAAUUGGAGGGGCGAUAUAUGGGAGCAGGGAGCGGGUUCGAGCCGAGGAUGGGGUCCGUUUCGAGGUUUACUCAAGAAAGGAAAAGGUGUUGAAAGGGAUUUUCAGGAAAGAUGACAGGCAAAAGUGGAAUUUGGAAUGCAAGUGCGCCAUCGAUAGAUGGGAUGGCGAAACUGUUGGCAUUGACAGGGCGGUGGUGGAUGUGUGCGUGGCGGUGGAGGGAGAUGUGCCGAUGGGAGAGAGGGUGGAGAUGGUAGUGAGGAAGAGGGGGAAGAACAGGAGGGUGGGUUUCGAUCAGCUGGAGGAGAUACCAGAGGAGAGGGAAGGAGAGAGUGAAUCGGACGGUGGAUGUUGCUGCAGUUGUGGGGAAUCGGACGGUGAAGGUUUGGAAGGAAGGUGUGAUGGAGAUUGCGGUGGGGGCCAGGAGAUGGAUGUAGAGGGAGUGAGAUGGGCCGUUGAUGUGGGUCUUUGGGUCAUCGGCUUUGGGGUGGGAUACUUGGUCUCCAAAGCCUUUGCCAAGAGCUUGAGGCGCAUGAGGCUGCUUUGAGUUUGAGAGAAACAACAAAGGGCCCUUUUUUGUCUAUUUAAAAUGUAAAUUACCCAAUUUUGGAACUUUGAAACUCGAAUUUAGAGUGAUUAUCAUUAGUUAUUACCAAUUCUUGUUUCAUAUUCAAAUUAUUCGAACAUAUUUAUACAGGAUUUUAUUUUCUCCUUU